AGAGAGAGAGAGAGAGAGAGAGAGAGAGAGAGUGUGUGUGUGCAUGAGAGAGGGAAGUAGGGAGAGUGGUUAAGCGAGUAGAGAGAGAGCGAGAGAGAGAGAGAGGACUAGAUCCAGCUCUCGUUGCUGUAGCAUUUCCUUCUUGACCUGGAAUCCUAGAGGAGAAGUGAGAGAGCUGAGCUUGUCCAUGGUGAUGGCAUUCAUUCUGUAGCAGGGCAGCUGAACAGGAGUAGCAUUAAGAAGAGGUCUUCAGAGGACAUUCACAUACAGAAGGGCAGACUGAGUCACUCUUGUAGGAUUACCUUAAGCACAACUCCAAACCUAACCCUGGGGACCAGAAAGAACAGAUAGAGGAUGAGGUCCAAGAGUAGUGGGGUGGAGAGCCCAGCCAAUGGGGUACUCGGGGUUCCCCAGGCAACACAAGACAUCAACCAGGAAGAGGGUGUAAAUCUGCAUACACCCAUAAAGAGUCUGAAGGUCAAAGUUCAACCAAACAUUGAGGAGUUGGUGGAGGAGGUGGUGGUGGUCUCUGACAUAGAGAAGUCAACCGAGGACAGCUUAGGUACUAGUGACAAAAGACUGGGAAUCAUGGACCUUACUAAAAAGGACCUUCUGAGGCUGCUAGGGGUCAUGGAAGGUGAGGUUCAGGCGAGGGAGGAUGUUAUCUGUGUGCUGAAGACUGAGAGGACACGUCUGGAAGCUCUGAAGUCCCACUAUGGUUCUGCAGCUCCUACCACAGCCCUCCAGGCCCUACAGAGAGACAGCCUUCUCACCAACACACAUACACACAUUGACAAUGUCUACCAGUGGCCAAUGGCUGAGCUGGACCGUCUGCAGGAUAAACACAAGGACACGUAUCGGCGCAUGCUGGAACAGCUUCUAUUGACUGAGAAGUGUCAUCGCCGCACCGUGCACGAGCUGGACAGCGAGAAGCACAAGCAUGCUGACUACAUGAACAAGAGUGACGAAUUCACUAACCUAUUGGAGCAGGAGAGAGAGAGGUAAGAUGAUGAGGGGGAGGAAAAGAGAGAGGUCAGAGGAUGAGGAAGAGACUCUUGUUAAUUUCGUUCUGACCCAAAGCUGAGAGAAUUAAAGUAAGAAAAGGUUUACUCAGCAUUGGAGCAUAAUGAAGUUGGUGAUGAGGCAAUAUCUCCCAGUUCUCUUUCUCCCAUGACAUCAUCUGGUGGAGGUUCAGAUUAGCUCAUCAGGACCAUUGGGACCUUGGCUUCAGUAGUCCAAGCAUGACUGUGUGUGUGAGAGGAGUGUGUAAGGACACAGAGAGCGGGAACCUCUCAAAGGGAUCAGACAUGAGAAAGAGCGAGAGAAAUCAGCUUGGUCUCAGACUAGACGUAAGAUAGUAAACAUACAUCUGGAACACUCAAAUUAGUAUGAUAUGUUACGUUUGGUAUGGUUACAUAAGACAGAAGGUUACUUAAGGCAAAAAUGAAAGUAGGGUGUUUGGUUGGGGUGGAUGGGUAGACUUCUGGCAACCCGAAUGUUGCAUGUUCAAAUAUCAUCACGGACAACCUAAUAAUUUGAGAACCAACUAUUUUCUACUUUGCAACUACUUAGCAUGUUAGCUAAGCCUAACCUUAACUCUUUAACCUAAUUCUUAACCUCAACCCCUAGCCUAGCUAGCGUUAGCCAUCUAGCUAAUGUUCGCAUUAGCCACCUAGCUAACAUUAGCCACAACAAAUUCAAAUUCAUAACAUAUCAUAUAGUAU